AUGAAAGAAUCAAGAAAUGCACCAGGGGAAGAUAGAAUCAGUAUGUUACCUGGUGGACUGAUUCACCAUAUUCUGUCUUUCAAUGAUACUAAAUAUGCUGUUCAGACUAGUGUGUUGUCGAAACGAUGGAUCCAUAUUUGGAAAUCUCUACCUGUUCUGGAAUUCAAUAGGAGUUUGUUUUCUCGUGAGAAUACUAAGAAAUUCAUAGAAUUUGUUUACAUGGUAUUCAUGUUUCGCGAUGACACCGAUCUUCUGAAGUUUAGUCUGGAUUGGGACUCUGAGUAUGAUAAUACAGUGAUUAUGAAUGUUAAUAGAUGGAGCCUUUUUGCCGUCAAGUAUAAUGUUCAAGAAAUAAGUUUAGUGAUUGAGGAAUUGCAUAGUGGGGCAUAA